AUGCCUCGUUUCGCCUUCCUCGUCGUCGCUGACGCCAUGGCCGAUCGACCGAAUCUCGAGAUCCCCACUGAGAUGCUCGAGACGAUGACGGCCUUCAAUGAGAAGAUGGCGGAUGCGGGCGUGCUUCUCUACGCUGACGGCUUCACACCUUCCUCUGACGGCGCCUACCGCCUCAAAUUUGGCGGACCGUCCGGGCCAGAAGUCACGCCUGGGCCCUUUGAUUUGUCAAAAGAAGACCACGUCUGCGGGUACUGGAUAGUUAAAGUCAGGGACACCGAGGAGGCCUUGGACUGGGCCAAGCAAGUCCCUUUCCAGGCGGGACAGCUUCUUGUUCGUAAACUCGCGGAUGGAUGUGACUUGGGCAAGAGUUUCACAACUGAAUUGAAGGAGCGUGAGAAGAGGUUGAAGUUGAAACUCUUGGACAAUCUCAAGAAGGCGGUAGAUGAGUGA